UUUGUUGGAGGCUGAGCUGCUGAACUGGUCGCGUCUGGGAUUGGUCGGCAUGGACUGGUUGGCAGGCAUCUCGAACUCGAUCGAUCCGGGGUCUGUUCGCUUCAGCUUAUUGAGCCGGCUUAUCAGCCACCAAACAGUAUUUUCCUCUCACAACAAAUCAGCCGUUUCAGCUUUUCAGCCGGCUUAUAAGCUGAAGCGAACAGGCCGCCGAUAGAUGAGAAGACCGUUCCUUACCAUUAAAUAUAUUAUUAUAUGAUAGUCAAGUCAAGCUAUAUAUAUGUGUGUGUCUCUCCAAGGAGUAUAUCGAUCGAGCAACCAGAUCGAAGACGAGCAAUGCCUCACGGUGGCUUCUCCGGCAGGCUGACGUCGCCCAAAUUGGGCUUGGCCGUGGACAUGGGCCAUCCCUUCCUCAACCACGCCGUCGACGGCUUCAUCAAGAUCGGCGCCGUGAGUGCUUGCAAGGUGGCCGCCGAGGAGUCCUUUGAGUGCCUCCACAGAGGAGAUGUUUCCAAGCACAAAGUCGAGCAUGCUCUCAAGAAAAUGUGCAAGGAAGGCGCGUAUUGGGGAACCAUUGCUGGUGUAUACGUGGGCGUGGAGUACGGAAUCGACAAGAUCCGUGGCCACAGGGACUGGAAGAACGCGAUGCUUGGAGGAGCCGUGACGGGAGCCUUGGUCUCUGCCGUCAACAACAACCAGCGGCACAAGGUGGUCAAGAACGCCAUCACCGGUGGAGCCAUUGCAACCGCCGCGGAGUUGCUCACCAACCUCACCUCUUGAUCCCCUUCGUUCCAGCAUUGCAUUGCAUCGACAGACCGGCAAGAAUAAUAAGCAAAGGCCAUAUAUAUGUACUGAUGCAUCCUCAGAGUCUCGUCUCCAUCCAAGCCGUGUGUGCAUUAUUAUACAGUAUAUAUAAGUGUUUGGACAGGAAUAAAAUCGUUUUCCAUUUCUUUAUCCAUGCCCCCAAAUAUAUAUUUCCUUAU